AUGUGUUUAACCUUUCACUGGGAGACAUUUUCCAACAGAAUGAAACGCAGUUUAAACCUCAGAAAGCCUCUGGUGGAGAAGUUACACAGAGAGCGAAUCAACAGCAGCAUCGAGCAGCUCAAGUCUCUCCUGGGUCCAGAGUUCCUCAACCAACAGCCAGACUCCAAGCUGGAGAAAGCAGACAUCCUGGAGAUGACCGUUUGCUUCAUGACACAGCUGCUGCAGCAGAACCAGCAGCAGAGAAGACUGAUGAAGCACUUCAACAAGCUGCAGUCUUCCUCUGAGGAGAAGCUGAGAGAGGCUGACUUCUCUCCUCUGAGCUCCACAGUCCACAGCAGCAUCAAAGACAUGAGUCCGGUCAGCAGCGCCCCCUUUAGGCCGUGGUAG